AUGCAGUUCAAGAACUCCCUCCUUCUCCUGACCGCCCUCACUGCCGGCAGCGCUGUCGCUCGCGCCCACGGCCAUGAGCGCCGUCACCAGCACCAGGCUCGUGCUGUCGGCGACGUCGUCACCGCCGUGAUCGAUGGCAAGGUCGCUACCUGGGUCAACACCUACGGUGGCCCAACCCAAGCUCCUGCCGCCCCUGCUGCUACUGCUGCGCCCGCUGUCCAGAACGACGUGGUUGCUGAUGCCUCGGUCACUCCUCUCCCCACCAGCACUGCCGUUACCACCACUACCACCAGCGCUACCACCACCAGCACUGCUUUCCCUACCGGCUUCGGUGGCCAGACCCAGCCUACCGGUACCGGCGACACCUUCUGCGGUAACCAAGGUAUCCCAUACGGCUCCAACAUUAUCCAGAUCACCGAGGACGAUGUCUCUACUUACGACUACACCAUCACCCUGGACGGCAGCGCCGUGACUGAGGACUACCAGGUCGUCUUCUGGAACAAGUGCGACUCCAACGACCAGCUCACUGGCUGGUACGCCACUACUUUCCCCUUGACCGUCACCGUUUCCGCCGGCAGCACCUCCUACAUCGCCGUCGACACCAACUCUCAGGGUGGUUUCGUUGCUCUCCCCGCCUCCCAGGACAUUCCUCGCAACUCGCUCGGUAGCAUCCUUGGCUUCUGGGGUGAAUUCGACUUUGCCGACAGCAACAACGCCAACUGGUCUGGUUUCGAUGUCUCUGCCAUCCAGGCCCAGAACGCCGGUCAGACCGACUUCCCCGGCCUGAAGAUGGAGGCCAACGGCGUUGUCUCUUCCAUCACUACCAACCUCGGUGCCGUUGACAACGCCUACACUGCCGACGAGGCUGCCAUUGGCGGUAUUGGCGGCAACCUCCCCUCCGGCCCCGUUGCCCUGACUGCCACUCUCGGCUUCAGCGGUUAA